AUGGCACCACAAACUGCCAUCCCCCCAUCACUUCCGCCCUCGGUCGAGGAAGCAUACCGACGAAAAUGCGUUCAACUCAAGCACCGCACAAACGAGGUCGAGGAGGCCAACGAUGCCGCCAGACUCCGGCUGACGCGUAUCAAGCGCCAAGUCGAGAAGCUGCGCAUUGAGCGCGCAUUUCUCCUCGAGCAGCUGUCGAAGCGCACAAGCGCCAAUGUUGAGGAUUCAGAAGGAAGCCCGAGCCCGCCGCCGACGGUACGUGUCACCUUCGACGCCGUUCCCAAAGAGAAGCCUCUGCGCACAAAGCGCGGCCACCGCAAGGUUUCCACCAUUGCCGAGGAUGGUAAAGAGGACCCUGGCCCCGAGUCACCGACGCAGGAGGCCGGCGCGCGGGGAACGAAGCGAGCCAAGACAGCCAACGGCGUCCGAAAGUCGAAAAAGAGCACUGGAAUCAAAGCGGCCUUUGACCUCUACUGCGACGAGACGCGACCCAUUCUAGAAGCCAAAAAUGCUGACGAUAUGAACAUUGAGGAGGAGCUCGUCAAGGGCUGGGAAGAUCUCGCCGAGGUGGACAAGGAGUCCUACCAGAGGAAGGCAGAUAAUGCAGCAGCCAAGGACAGCCAAGAUAAGGAGGGAUCUCCCUCAGCGGACGCAGCUCCCGGAAAAGAGGCUCACGAUGAAAAGGACGAUGAUAAGGACGAGGACAAGGACGAUGACAAGGGUGACGACGGUGACGACAACAAGGGCGACGGCGAGGACGAGGAUGUCGAAAUGGCCAACUACGACACGGAGGACCAAGAGACACAGAUGGAUUGA